AUUAAGGGAAGUUUCAGAGAAGCUAAACAAGUACAAUUUAAACAGCCACCCCCCUUUGAAUGUAUUGGAACAGGCCACUAUUAAACAGUGUGUCGUGGGACCAAAUCAUGCUGCGUUUCUUCUUGAGGAUGGUAGAGUCUGCAGGAUUGGUUUUUCAGUUCAACCAGACAGAUUGGAAUUGGGUAAACCUGAUAAUAAUGAUGGUUCAAAGUUGAACAGUGGCUCAGGGGCAGGAAGGACAUCCAGGCCAGGCAGGACUAGUGACUCCCCAUGGUUUCUGUCUGGUUCUGAAACUCUGGGCAGACUGGCAGGCAACACCCUUGGAAGCCGCUGGAGUUCAGGGGUUGGUGGAAGUGGAGGAGGAUCUUCUGGUAGAUCAUCUGCUGGAGCUCGAGAUUCUCGAAGGCAGACCAGAGUAAUACGCACAGGACGAGAUAGAGGAUCUGGGCUGCUGGGGAGUCAACCACAACCAGUGAUUCCAGCAUCAGUCAUUCCAGAGGAACUCAUUUCACAGGCACAAGUUGUUUUACAAGGCAAGUCCAGAAGUAUUAUUAUUCGGGAACUCCAGCGAACAAAUCUUGAUGUAAACCUUGCUGUAAAUAAUUUGUUGAGUCGUGAUGAUGAAGAUGGAGAUGAUGGGGAUGACACAGCAAGUGAAUCAUAUCUUCCUGGAG